AUGGAUCGAUAUAUCAAGGGCCUCCGCGGAAUAGCAUCAUUUCUAGUAGUCCUCACCCACCUCGCCAGAGCAUGGGACUAUGACCUCUUCUCUCCCCGGGACGACGAACAAACGCCACCCCGUCUCCUCCAAUGGCCCAUCCUACGCAUUCCCUGGCAAGGCAGACUCGGCGUAACAAUAUUCGCCUUCUUGACCGGCUAUGUCUGCGCCCUGAAACCUAUCAAGCAGUCACGCGCAGGCGAUAUCCAAGGCGCGUUCACAACAGUUGCGAAAAGCGCGUUCCGAAGACCCCCGCGUCUAAUCUUCCCCGCUACAAUCGCCUUAUUUAUUUCAUGGAUCGUGGCGCAGCUUGGAGGAUUUAUCGUUGCUAAUCGUUCUGAUUGCUGGUGGUGUCGGUAUGCGGCGCCGGAACUUGAGGACUCGCUCUGGAAAGAGAUUGGCAGACUUGGAAUGAACUUUUUAUCAACUUGGACGACGGGGUAUAUGGCGUAUGAUGACCAUCAGUGGGCACUACUACCACUGCUAUUGGCAUCGAUGCUUGUCUAUACUUUGCUCAUUGCGACUAUGUUUGUGAGGUUUCGGUUUCGGAUGUUGAUUUAUCUUGGGAUGUUAUUGUAUUUCCACCAGGAUGCGGCAAAAGAUACUGAAACCUUCCAAACACAAGCAGUAUACGGCAUGCUACUCAGCGAUUUAUCAUAUAGCAUGACUUUCAAAAAUUGGGUCGAAAAGCAUUACUAUCUUCGCAAAGCCAUAACCAUUCCGCUAGCAAUAGCAGGGCUGCUAAUAGCCUCAUACCCAGGCGAACACCCGGAGUGGGCAACAUGGUCGAACAUGAUGUUCGAAAGCGCAAAAUACAUCUUCCCCCCAGACGUGGACAUUGGCAAACGCUAUACAGCCCUGGCAAUUGAUAUGAUAAUCUUAGCUAUAUAUCUCUCCCCUUCGACAAAAGAGUUCCUAGCUAACCGCCUACUACUAUGGCUGGGUAAGCAGAGCUUCGCUGUAUACCUAAUUCACGGUACAAUGCUGCGCGUUGUACUCUGUUGGAUGCUAUACGGGAUUAGUGGACAACCAUGGAAUGGCGGGGAGGCAGGAACAGACGAUGAGAGGGACGAUUGGUUGCCCUUGAGAUCACCGGCAGUUGUUGGUAUUAGUAUUCCGGUGUGGAUUGCGCUUGUCUAUCUUUUUGCAGCGGCUUGGACAUCAUAUGUGGAUCCUUUUUGCGCGAGGAUGACUGCUAGACUUGAGAAGGCGGUUUUUGUGCAGGUCGAGAAGGAGUCUUUGCCUUUACCUGCUACUUCUAUUCCUAUGCAGACUGUUUGA